GGGCCGGCGCUGUCGCGGUGCUCCUUGGGCCUCACCGUGCGUGUCCACGCGGGACGACCGCUGGGCUUCUCACCUGGAGGCAGUCUCCUCACCUAGGGUUGGGGCUCCGCGCCUGGGGCCUGAUGAGUGUGUUUCUGGGGUUCCAGACAUCUGCAUAUCCCCACGUGCCCGAGGCAAUUGGCACUGGAACCCGUGGUUUAAGCUAGGAAGAACGAAGAUUACAGAAACUGCAGCAGUUCAAAGGAUUCCCAUUACCCUUCAAACACAUUUCCCAGGUGUUAACUCGAGCGUGAGUUUUGAAGCUAGGGGACCUGCGUCUCCAUUCUCUCAAAACGAUUCGAGUGGCGGUGCCGACGGUGGAUGAAGGUCCGUGAGGCUGACGUGCAGAAUGGCCGGGAAGAGGCCGUCGGGCCUGGGCAAGCAGCGCCGGCUCCUGGGGCUGCUGGUGGCGGUAGCCACCGUCCACCUGGUUGCCUGCCCCUACACCAAAGUGGAGGAGAGCUUCAACCUGCAGGCCGUGCAUGACCUGCUCUACCACCGGCUGGACGUGGAGAAGUUUGACCAUCUCGAGUUCCCUGGCGUGGUCCCCAGGACGUUCCUCGGGCCGCUGGUGAUCGCGGCACUCUCCAGCCCCGCCGUUUACGUCCUUUCACUCCUGGAAACGUCUAAGUUCUAUUCUCAGCUAGUAGUCAGGGCCGUCCUGGGACUCGGCGUGAUCUUUGGACUCUGGACUCUACAAAAAGAAGUGAGGCGGCAGUUCGGGGCCACGGUGGCCGCCCUGUUCUGCUGCGUGACGGCCUCGCAGUUCCACCUGAUGUUCUACUGCACGCGGACGCUCCCCAACGUGCUGGCCCUGCCCGUGGUCCUGCCAGCCCUCGCAGCCUGGCUGCAGCAGAGGUGGACGCGCUUCAUCCAGCUCUCGGCCUUCGCCGUCCUGGUCUUCAGAGCUGAGCUGAGCCUGCUCCUGGGCCUGGCGCUGCUGCUGCCGCUCUGCCUGCGGAAGGUCUCGGUGGCCCGGGCCCUGCGCUGCGCCGUGCCGGCUGGGGUCCUCUGCUUAGGACUGACGGUGGCCGUGGACUCCUAUUUUUGGCGCUCCCUCGUGUGGCCAGAAGGAAAGGUGCUCUGGUACAACACCGUCCUGAACAAAAGUUCCAACUGGGGCACCUCACCGCUGCUCUGGUACUUCUACUCGGCCCUGCCUCGCGGCCUGGGCUGCAGCCUGCUCUUUGUGCCCCUGGGCGCCGUGGACAGAAGGGCCCUGGCGCUGCUCGUGCCGGCGCUGGGCUUCGUGGCUCUGUACUCGCUUCUCCCGCACAAGGAGCUGCGCUUCAUCAUCUAUGCCUUCCCCCUGCUCAAUGUCGUGGCCGCCAGGGGCUGCGCCCGUGUGCUCAACAAUUACAAGAAGUCCUGGCUUUAUAAAGUGGGGUCCUUCCUCGUGAUAGGACACCUCGUGGUGAACGCCACAUACUCGGCCACAGGCUUGUACGUGUCCCACUUCAACUACCCUGGCGGCGUGGCGAUGCAGAGGCUGCAUGAACUGGUGCCCUCCCGCACAGAUGUCGUUGUGCACAUCGAUGUGGCCGCUGCCCAGACAGGUGUGUCCCGGUUUUUGGAAGUCAACAGUGCCUGGAGGUACGAGAAGAGAGAGGACGUGCAGCCUGGCUCCGAGCACAUGCUGGCCUACACGCACCUCCUCGUGGAGGCUGCCCCCGGGCAGCUGGCCCCCUACCGGGACACGCACCGGGUGCUGGCCAGCGUCCCAGGCACAACCGGGCUGAGCCUGAACCUGAGCAGGCUGCCCCCCUUCGACGUGAACCUGCAGACCAAGCUGGUGCUUCUGGAGAGACUUCUCGGGCCUUCCUGAGGAGGAGGAGCCAGAGGCCCUCCAGGACAUUGGUAUUCCGACAGACGGGCCGAGACGGGAAACGCGCAGAGGACCACGGGUGUGCCCUCACGGGGGCG